GCUUAAACGUUUCCAUUUCGUGUUUUUGAUCAUUUCCCAAAAUAUUUUUAUUUGGGUAGAGUUUACACGUCAUCUGGUGUGGACUUACAAUGUCAAAUUGUAGUUGGAAAAUAGUAAAUUUUACAGAUAUAAUUGUUGGGUCAGUUGGGUCCCGAACAAUCUCCCAGCUGGACGGUCAUUGUGCUGAGAUUUCAAUCUUACUGAUAUAAAAUCUGUUUCUUUUGUCAGCUCAAAAUCUCAAAAGUUUAGUUUUCUGUGCGAUUUCAGAAAAAAAAAAUGACCAUGGCGAGUUUGUGCAGAGGAUUUAGACAGGCAUUGAGAUGCAGAGGAUCGAUUCUGAAUUGUGGGGAUUUCCCUUCUGGUGUGCGGAGCUUUGCCCAAAGACGCGCUCCAUUGUUGGAUUUAGCUGAUCCUAAGCCAAGAUUUGAAUCUCCAUCGGUGUUGGAGAGCUAUCUUUUGGGGAAGAACAGCAGUGAUCACAUAAUCCAUGAUCAGCUGCGCUUAGCGAAUGCCCAUCCUUGUCUUCCAAAGGAAAAUCUGUCACCCCAAGACAUAGCGGUGGUACUCAGAUUUGUGAAUUUGAAUGCUGUGAAGAGAAAGCUUAGAGAGAUUCCAGAAGCCUGCAUUUCAUACCAGAAGUUGCUCAAUCUGUGCAUGGAUUGCACAAAGAGCUUGUCUGAAGAUGAGGGCAGAGAUAUCAUAAAAAGGCUGGAGCAAUCCGGAGAGAUCCUCAGGAUAGGCCAGAAUGUUUAUCCUCAUCCUCAUCAGAUUUCAAGAGCUGUAGAAAAAGUUCUGCCACGACUUGUGGAUGAGCGGUCCAUUGAAGAACUGAGAAAAAUGGAGAAGGAAAAGGCGGAAAUAGAGAAGAAAUCUGAGAGCAUGGCACGGAAAGAGCUAUGGUGUGGAUUGGGAUUUUUUGCAGUACAGACAAUGGGUUUAUUCAGACUGACAUUUUGGGAACUAUCAUGGGAUAUAAUGGAACCCAUUUGUUUUUACCUCACCUCUCUAUAUUUCAUAUUGGGUUAUGGAUUCUUCCUCAGGACUUGCAGAGAGCCGUCAUUUGAGAAUUUCUAUGCAACUCGGGUGGCUAUAAAUCGAAGGAAGCUCAUGAAAACUAAGAAAUUUGAGUUGCAGAGAUACAGAGAGCUUAAGAGGAUUUGUAAGCCCGGAAUUCAUCAUCUGCAAGGAAAAGCGUUUGUUUAAGA